GAACGCGAUUUCAAGCACCCCUCUAAAAUCGCAGAGAUAACCAAUUCCCAUUCAAGCCUUGGACUUCACAGAGAUAAUAUCGUCGGGAUUGUCAUCACGAAACCCACCAUUCCUCACUCACAAUGGCGACACCUAGCGAUUCCGGCCUGUUGAUGUCGGAUGUAUCUAGAGCGGCAGUGACCCCAAAGCAGAGACAAGUCCACAGCAGCUCUUCCGCACGACCUCGAGCGCCUCCCUCCGAAAGUCUGGCAGCCCCAAGCGACGAUGAAGGCGAGGGUUUCGCAGACGACCAAAUCCCGAAUCGCGCAAGGCGUGCCGGCGCAGCAGACAUUCCCCGGGUCGAGGACAGGAUCGGUAUCACCGUGCAAGAGCAUUUCGAGCACUUCAUUGAAGAAUUCAUCGAAGAUCCUGCAUCUUCCGCAGCACCCACUUCCAGCGCCGUAACGACGGACAAAUACUACGUUGCUCAGAUCCAUGGGAUGCGUAUUUACCAGCUGUCGACUUUCUACGUGAACUACGAUCAUGUCGCCGCUUAUCAGAACGGUGCCUUGGCCAAUGCCAUCAACAACCAAUACUACCGUUUCCUCCCUUUCCUCACCAAUGCUCUACACAACAUGAUCGCAAAGUACGAGCCACAAUACUUCCGCGAGCACCGUCAAGCCACCACGUCCAGCAACCAGACCACGUCAGGCGCAAGCAAUGCUGGUUCGGGUUCGGCAAGCCAGUCUGACUCUCAGGGUGGCAAGACGGCCAACCAGCAGACGGACAAGCUUUUCGCCAUUGCUUUUUACAACCUACCCCUGGUCUCGCGGGUGCGCAGUCUACGGGCCAAAAAUAUCGGCCAGCUGCUAUCCAUCUCGGGUACAGUCACCCGAACCUCUGAAGUGCGGCCCGAACUUUCCAUGGCGACAUUUGUCUGCGAGGCAUGCAGAGCGGUGGUGCCAAACGUAGAACAAACCUUCAGAUACACGGAACCCACACAAUGUCCCAACUUGCAAUGCAACAACCGACUAGCAUGGCAACUCGACAUUCGCCAAAGCACAUUCGUGGACUGGCAGAAAGUACGCAUUCAGGAAAACAGCUCUGAGAUCCCGACAGGCAGCAUGCCACGGACUAUGGAUGUGAUUCUUCGUGGUGAGAUCGUUGAUCGUGCCAAGGCAGGCGAGAAGUGCAUCUUCACUGGAGCAUUAAUUGUCGUGCCCGAUGUUUCUCAGCUCGGCCUCCCAGGUGUGCGUCCCACGGCUAUCCGAGAUGACCGAGGCCCUCGCGGUAACGAUGCCGGGGGUAGCGGUGUAUCUGGUCUCAAAUCCCUGGGUGUGCGCGACCUGACCUACCGGCUUGCCUUCCUAGCCUGCAUGACGACACCCGAUGCUUCCACGCCGGGCCAAUCAGCUACCCACCAAGUUCACGACAUCAUCAGUUCGCUUACGCAAGCCAAUGCUGAUAGUGCCGAUACUGUUGAGCAGGCGCAAACUGCAGUCUUAAACUCCAUGACACCUUCCGAGAUUGACGAGUUGCGUGAGAUGGUCCAUAGUGGUCACAUCUACAGCCGACUUGUACAGUCCCUGGCACCGAUGGUGUAUGGUCAUGAAAUCGUUAAGAAGGGCCUCCUUCUCCAACUGAUGUCGGGUGUGCACAAGACAACAGCAGAGGGCAUGGAACUGCGUGGAGACAUCAAUAUCUGCGUCGUGGGUGACCCAUCGACCUCCAAGUCGCAAUUCUUGAAGUAUGUAUGCUCUUUCGCGCCACGUGCCGUCUAUACCAGCGGCAAAGCCUCUUCAGCUGCUGGUCUCACAGCAGCUGUGAUCAAGGACGAGGAAACAGGCGAGUUCACCAUCGAAGCCGGUGCACUCAUGCUGGCAGACAACGGUAUCUGUGCUAUCGACGAGUUUGACAAGAUGGACAUCGCAGAUCAGGUUGCCAUUCACGAAGCUAUGGAACAGCAGACCAUUUCCAUUGCCAAAGCAGGCAUCCAAGCUACUCUAAACGCCCGGACAAGUAUCCUGGCCGCAGCAAACCCCGUCGGCGGUCGAUAUAACCGCAAGACUACGCUGCGAGCAAACAUCAACAUGUCCGCACCAAUUAUGUCGCGUUUUGAUCUCUUCUUCGUCGUCUUAGACGAAUGCAAUGAAGCCGUCGACCGCCAUCUUGCCGAACACAUCGUCGGCAUCCACCAAUUGCGUGACAGCGCUGUUGAGCCUGAAUUCAGCACUGAAUGUUUGCAGCGAUAUAUCCGAUUUGCGCGAACAUUUCGACCUGAAUUCACCCCCGAGGCCAAAGAACGCCUUGUCGUGCGGUACAAGGAGCUGCGAUCCGAUGACGCGCAGGGUGGUGUCGGACGCAAUAGUUACCGUAUCACAGUGCGACAGCUCGAAAGUUUGAUCAGACUGAGCGAGGCCAUCGCCAAGGCCAACUGUGUGGAAGAGAUUUCAGAGGAUUUUGUUGAUGAGGCAUUCAGUCUACUUAGACAAAGUAUUAUCAGUGUAGAACACGAUGACGUCGAGAUGGACGACGAGGAAGACACAUCUGAAGACUCUGCUGAUCUCAUCGCUGCUGCAGACGCGGCCUCUGGCCAGCCUCAAGAGGAGGAUGAGGAAGAGGACUCACCCAUGGCCGAGAACGCAGACGGCGAAGCACCUCAGCCAGAGAAGAAGAAGACAGCCAUCACGUACGACAAGUACAUCCAGAUGGUGAACUUGAUUGUCUCACGAGUCAACGAUGACGAAUCCGCUGGCGCGGGCGAAGGUGUUGAGGCUGAGGAGCUGACUCAGUGGUACCUCGAGCAGAAGGAGGAAGAGCUCGAGGAUGAAGUGGCGUAUAAUGAGGAGAUGAAUGUCACGAAGAUGGUAUUGAAGAAGAUGGUCAAGGACAACAUCCUGAUGACUGUCCGUGGCGAUGGUCUCGCUGCUGAUGACGACGGCAACGCUGCGCAAGGUUCAGCUGCGCAGAAGGUCGUCUAUGUGCUGCAUCCGAACUGUGCAAUUGAAGAAGUUUAGUUUGCGUAGAUAAUGUGUGGAUACCAUUGUAGUCCGAGGGUCCGGUCUAGAGUAUUGGAAUGGAGAUAUGAGAAGAUGUAUUUGAGGCAUCCCUCCGAUAUGAAUAGGGGCGCCUGGAGUUUUGCCCACUUGCGAUGGAUGGAUGAUAAGGGUGAUGUGGUUAUUUAGAAUAUGAACGACUGUAGGUAUGAAUCAGUACCACUUUGAAGACUGC